CCGACGGCGAGUGCACUCACGCUCUUGUGGCCUUGGACGUCUUGCGUCUACCCUCGCUCUCCUUCCUUCGUGUACCGGUAUCUUGAUCUUGCAUUCUUUGUUUCCCUAGGUACUGCCCAUCCCGGCCGAGUCCGUAUCCCUGCUCCAGGCGGCGCCCCGUCCCCGACGUUCAAGCUCCUUUGAGGCCAGCUGUGCUGCAGGAGAGUCGCGCGACUGUACAAAGUACGAAGUACGACGCACGAAGCACGAAGCACGAAGCACGAAGCACGAAGCACGAAGCACGAGGCACGAAGCACGAAGCACGAAACACGAAACACCUUACGCAUAUAAUACCGCCCGACACCAUGUCCGCCAGCCACAUGGCCGCCAACCGCAACAGCACGCCCGAGGGCUCGUCGUCGCUGCGGCCGCCCGUCAACCGCACGUCGCUCGGCGCGGGCCACCACCUGCGCGCAUCGGCCGACAUGGGCGGCUUCUCGUCGCCGCUGGCCAACCGCGGCAUCCGCCCGGCGUCGGAGAUUUACUUUGGCCGCCCGAGCACGCAGUCGGGCAACCCGGAUGAGAUGGAGCGCGCGGCGCAGCAGUGGCUCGCCGACAUUGACCAGUACGAGAAGACGCUCGAGGAGAUGGCCACGGCCACGCUCGACCAGGACUUCAAGGACGAGCUGAGCGCCAUCGAGCAGUGGUUCCGUGUCCUGAGCGAGGCCGAGCGCACCGCCGCCCUGUACGCCCUGCUGCAGCAGACGACGCAGGUGCAGAUCCGCUUCUUCAUCCAGGUCCUGCAGCAGAUGUCCAAGAGCCUGCCCAUGUCGGGCGUGCUGUCGCCGGCCGCUUUUGGCGAGAAGGACCCCAUGACGCAGAAGCUGAGCGACGCCAUGAGCAAGCUGGGCACCGGCGAGAACCGCCACUCGCUCAUGGGCCGCCCGCCGCCCUCCCCAGGCGCCGCCAAGCGUGCCUCGGGCCUCGACCCCUCGACCAUCCACCGCAUGUUCCCCGACGCGGCCGCCGCCAUUGCCAAGCAAAAGUCCGAGUUCACCGAGGUCGUCGGCGUGCCCCCGGCCGCCAACCGCAGUUCCAUGCUCGCGCCCACCAUCUCGGCCCCCGAUGGCGACAGCAACACGGACAACGCCCCGGCCUCGCCCUGGAACGACGGCCAGCCCGGCCAGCGGCCCAAGUCGUCCGGCCAGCAGCAGCCCCCGCAGCAGGGACAGCCCGCCAUGGGCCAGUUCACCGCGCCCCCGCCGUCCGCCGGUCUCCGGUCUCCGCGCCUGCCUCUCCAGCAGGACGCCGCCAGCGUCCAGACCACAACCCUCAACGCCCUCGAGGCCAACUCGGCCGGCAUGCCUCUGCUGUCCCCUGCCUACGCCGGUGGCAGCUGGGCCUCGCAGCUGAGCACGCCCAUGGUUGCCAACUUUGGCCAGCAGGCGAACCAGGCCGACAUGGUCGCCAAUGCCACUGCCAUGAAGCUGGCCGCGCUCUCCACGGUCAACAACCGGAUCCAGCUCGACGACGUGCGCAAGUACCGCCGCGCUCGAUCGACCGACGGCCACGGAGCGGGAAACACUCCUCUGUCGCCAGGCUUCCCGCCCAUGGGCAACAACAUCCUCAUGACCAACGAGCUGGGCCAGGUGCUGACUCCCCAGCAAGCUGCUGCGCUCCAGGCUCAGCAGCUCGCUGUCAUGAACGGCCGCCGCUCUCGUCCCGCGUCCCCCGGUAUUGCGAUGCAGGGUGGCAUGGGUGGAAUGGGCAGCUUCGCUUCGCCGCAGGCUAACGGCUUCUUGUCUGCCGACUACGCCAACGCCGGUCUGAUGAACAACGGCAUGGGCGCCCUGAAUCUCAGCCAGUUUGGUCUCGGUGGCGGAUUCGACAACCACAACGCCGGUUUCUUGGGCGACGAGAUCAACCGUGGUCGCUCGCCCCGCGGCCGCCGUGGCAGCUCCAAGCCGCCCGAGGACCCCACCGAUCCCACUCUGCUCCAGGACAUCCCGAACUGGCUGCGCAGUCUCCGUCUGCACAAGUACACAGACAACCUCAAGGACCUGAAGUGGCAGGAGCUUGUUGAGCUGGACGAUGCAGGUCUCGAGGCCCGCGGUGUCAACGCCCUGGGUGCUAGGAGGAAGAUGCUAAAGGUCUUCGAACAGGUCCAAGAGGCCAAGAACGACGGCAAACUGCGAUAGGUUCGCCUGGUCAUCAUCCACACUCGCAGCGACAAAGUCACAGCCUCGUACGACUACCACACGCUCCUCCGUCGCUCCUCGGAGCUGUAGCUCGCGAACAAGCCUCUCAUUACAUAGAUCUACGAUGGAACACCUCUCCCCUCCCAGCUGGUCACGGAACCCCAUCGAUCCGUCAGGUCUGGUCCGCAUACAAUUCCCACGUGUUUAUGCAUUGCAUGGGACCCGAGACUUGGAUUUCUGCGCAGGGCCAUUGAGCGGUUUUAUGUUGUUGCCAGGGGUGUAUUGUUUGAUAUUCGGGCUUUCUCUAAAAAUAUGUUAUUUCUCUUUCGGGUGUAUGGUAGGUAGGCUCAGUCGGGUAGGUAGGCUCAGUCGGGUAGAUUGCGCAUGGCGCGGAUAAUGACUGCAUGUGAUUAUUCUUCCUGUUUGAGCGCAAACGCAGUGAGCACGCUCCGAGCUACGAAACACUUGUCUAGGUG